UCAAAAAUAUAGCCUUAUAAUUUGAGUAGAUAUAAAGUGCUUGAAGUUAUUUGUAAGGGAAAUUAUCGUAAAAUGUUGCUAACAGUUGGAAUUUUAAUAACAUUUUUAGUACUCGUCUUAUCAUUAGUUUUAUAUUUAACGAUAGAAAAAAAAGUUAUUUACAAGGACUUGUUGAAUAAACAUGUUCUAAUUACCGGUGGAUCUAGUGGAAUUGGAAAAUCCGCUGCUAUUGAAGCUGCAAGGCGUGGAGCUCAUGUCUCUAUCAUCGGUCGAGACGAAAAUAAACUUAAGUCAGCUGUUGAAGAAAUAACUUCACAGUGUUUAGAUAAGUCUGUUCAAUCCAUUCAAUAUGCAGUUCUGGAUGUUACAUCUGACUAUUUCGUUAUAGAAAAAGCGAUAAAUUCAUUAGAGGACAAUGUAGGACCAAUAUUUAUGUUGGUAAACUGCGCCGGCAUGUGUAUAUGUGGUAAAUUUGAACAAAUGAAGGUAGAUGAUAUAAAACAGAUGAUUGACUUGAAUUAUUUUGGCAGUGCUUAUAUGACAAAAUGUGUUUUGCCGGGCAUGAAGAAAAAAAAAGAAGGAUUGAUCGUAUUUGUAUGUUCAGAAGCAGCUUUAAUAGGCAUUUAUGGAUACACAGCAUAUAGUGCUGGAAAAUGGGCUGUGCGAGGUUUAGCUGAGGCCCUGAGUAUGGAGUUAAUUGGAACUGGUGUCCGAGUAAUGAUAUCAUAUCCUCCUGAUACAGACACCCCGGGUUUUAAGAAUGAAGAUCUUACAAAGCCUUUAGAAACCAAACUUAUAUCGGGAUCUGCUGGUCUACUUUCUCCAGAUGUAGUUGGAAAGCAAAUGAUAGAUGAUGCAUUGAAUGGGAAAAUGUAUUCCGUGUAUACUACAUCUGGAUCAAUGUUAACAACACUGUUUGGUGGUUCAAUUGAUAAUGUACGUCAAAUCUUACUACAAGUGUUUUCAAUGGGAGUUUUACGUGCAGUUAUGGUAGGGGUUCUAUUGUCAUUUCAUAAAAUUGUGCGAGACAACUUAAAGUUGCAAAACAAUAGCAAAAACAAAUAAAUAUUUAUCUGUGUAAUUCUAAGAUAAUUAUAUAUUUUAUGUGAAAAAAUGUAUGAAUAAUUAAUUCCAGAAGAAAAAAAUAC